AUGAUUAGAAGAUUGUUUCUCCCAUAUUUUUCUAAAGAUAAGGGUCCACCAAGAAUUAGAUGCCAAAUAAAUGGAGUGAAAAGAAAAAGGUUUUAUAAAAUUGUAGUAGCAAAUCAAAAAGAUAAGAAAAAUGGAAAACAUAUAGAAGUGUUAGGUACAUAUGUUAAUAAAAAUAACAUAAGAGAAAAAUUAAAUAGAUAUAAUAUUGCCGAUUCUAAUAAUGAUUAUUAUUACAAUAAUGUAGAAAAUAUAAAAGAAAUAAGGUUACGAUUUAAUAGAGUUAAAUUUUGGCUAGCUGCUAACUGUAACUUUAGUGAUCAUAUGAAAUAUGUUUUAAGUCUAUGUAAAAUAAUACCUCAAUAUCCAAUAAAAUAUAGUAGGAGAUGUUCAGAUAAAUAUUAUUAUAAAUACAACGAAAUAAUAAAUAAACAUAAACUUAUACAAGCCGAAAAAAUAAAUAAUUUUUUGAAAACAGAUUUAAAUAUACAAUAUUUGAAUAAUUUUAAUGAAUCAUCAAACGAAAGAAAAAAAGAGGAUGAUUAUUUAUAUACUCCUGAAGAACUUACUUAUCUUAAAAAAUUAUCAAAAAAUAGAAAUUUAGAUUUUGAGCAUACUGAUAAAAUUAGAAAAAUUAUUAGGUAA